UGAAUACCUUACAUCCAUAUAAAUAGACAAAUCUUGUAUAUGUCCAUGGUAUGGCAUUGGAAAUUUGUUUUGAACAGACAGACUUUUUACCACCAUCAAAGGUGUAUCUUCAUCUAUAAUUCUAAAGAUAAUAGUAUUAAAUUAUUAUAGUUGUUUUUCAAACUUGGUAUGACUUUUUAGUUAUUUUUAGCACAAAAGGUUGACUGAACAAUUAUGUGGAAUAUAUUUAUAAAAAAAUAAAAGAAAAAGAAAACAACAUUUGAGGAUCAUGCCACAAUCACGAUCCUACAAUGAAGAAUUGGAGUUCAUUGAAAAAAUCAAUGCAAACACGUAUAAAAUCAAAAAGGGAUUUGUUCCCAAUAUGAAUGUAGAAGGUUUGUUUUACGUGAAUGAUCACUUAGAAAAAUUGAUGUUUGAUGAACUCAGAACUUUUUCAAAUUCUGGAGGGAUUGGUGGUUUCCUUCCUGGUAUGAAACAAAUUGGAAAUGUUGCUUCUCUUCCUGGCAUUGUUAAGCAAUCCAUUGGUCUACCAGACAUUCAUUCUGGUUAUGGUUUUGCCAUAGGUAACAUGGCUGCAUUUGACAUGGACGACCCUUUGUCUGUUGUAUCACCAGGGGGUGUAGGUUUUGAUAUUAACUGUGGUGUACGUUUGCUAAGAACAAAUCUAGAUGUCAGUGACGUUGAACCGGUGAAAGAACAGUUAGCUCAAUCACUGUUCGAUCAUAUACCAGUUGGUGUUGGUUCGAAAGGUGUUAUACCAAUGACUGCAAAGGAUUUGGAAGAAGCAUUAGAAAUGGGAAUGGAUUGGUCAUUGAGAGAGGGUUAUAUAUGGGCAGAGGAUAAAGAACAUUGUGAAGAGUAUGGUCGCAUGUUGCAAGCAGAUCCAAGUAAAGUUAGUUUUAAAGCAAAGAAGAGAGGUUUACCUCAGCUUGGUACACUAGGUGCGGGAAAUCACUAUGCUGAGAUUCAAAAAGUAGAAGAAAUCUAUGAUAAGCAUGCUGCAAAAACAAUGGGUAUUGAUAGAAAAGGACAGGUGUGUGUUAUGAUCCAUUGUGGUAGCAGGGGGCUUGGUCACCAAGUUGCUACAGAUGCUCUUGUUAUUAUGGAGAAAGCGAUGGCUCGUGAUAAAAUUGAUGUGAACGAUAGACAGCUAGCCUGUGCACGCAUCAAUUCAAAAGAGGGACAAAACUAUUUAAAAGGUAUGGCAGCGGCUGCUAAUUAUGCGUGGGUGAAUCGUUCAAGUAUGACAUUCUUGACACGUCAGGCUUUUGGUAAAGUGUUUAAUUCCACACCAGAUGAUCUUGAUAUGCAGAUGAUAUAUGAUGUUUCACACAACAUAGCAAAGACAGAAGAACACAUAGUAGAUGGCAAACUAAAGACGUUACUAGUACAUCGUAAAGGUUCCACGAGGGCGUUUCCACCUCAUCACCCUUUAAUUCCUGUUGACUACCAGUUGACUGGUCAACCUGUUUUGAUUGGUGGAAGUAUGGGCACGUGUAGUUACAUUUUAACGGGUACGCAAAAAGGGAUGAUCGAAACAUUUGGAUCGACAUGUCACGGAGCAGGAAGAGCUUUAUCGAGAGCAAAGUCAAGGCGGAACAUAAAUUAUUUAGAAGUUCUCGACAGAUUAAAAGAAAUGGGUAUUGCUAUCCGUGUUGCGUCUCCUAAACUGGUAAUGGAAGAGGCACCUGAAUCGUACAAGAACGUGACAGACGUGGUGAAUACAUGCCACGAUGUGGGGAUCAGCAAGAAAGCAAUUAAAUUGAAGCCUAUUGCUGUUAUAAAGGGUUAAUCAUUUUGUAUUUUUAUAACAGAAAGAAUAUUUAUAUUUAUUUCUUAAAGAUGUCCAAGUUUAUUACA